GACGUGUCGUGCGUCUUUCCUCGACGGCGAGACUCGAGACUUGUGCGGCGUGCGAUUCUUAAAACAGUAUCUCGACGUGUACACACACAUACACACAUUUGUCAUCAUGGUGCAGAUCGCUGGAAAAUAUCAGCAUGUCUCGAACAACAACUACGAGGAGUACAUAAAGAGCCUCGGCCAGCAAGACCGCGCUUCCGAAGCGCUCAAGUCGUCACCGCUAGUCGAGAUUCAGAAGCUGAACGACAAUCCGGAACAGUGGAAGGUCACAGUCACCGUCUCGGGCAAGACUUUCGCCACAACCUUCCUCUUCAACCAGCCUUACGACGAGGUGCUCCCGUCUCUGCCGGACGUUACCGUCAAGAGCUUGACCACGAAGGAAGGCGACAACUUCAAGACCGUGAGUGAGUUAGGUGAUAUCCAAGUGACUCGACUCUACAAGUUCACAGACGCCGGAAUGACUGUGGAUUUAUCCUCCAACAAAAGCGACGUUAAGGCCUCGCGCACGUACAAAAGACUGUAAAAAAAAAAAA